AUGGAUUCAAAGGAGAUAAAAAGUACGGUUUCCAACUUGGAAAAGUCGACUGAUGACACCACUAUCUUACGUUUGCUUAACAUCUUGAAUGAUGGUGUAGUUCCCACAGAGAAACUCUUGAGAGAAACAAAAGUGGGUGUUGCGGUCAACAAGUAUAGAACUAGUAAUAACUCAGAUAUCAACACAUUAGUCAAGAAGAUGGUUAGAACAUGGAAAGAUGUUGUAUCGAGCGAAAAAAAGAAGAAAAGUUCUGAAAAGGCUAAAGAGCCAGCAUCUGCCGCUGGUGGUCCCAGUGGUGGAGCUUCUAGUUCAAGCUCUGCCACACCAUCUGGGAAGUUCCAUUCUGGUCCAAGAAACCCUAAAACUGAUGGAGUCAACACCACUUUGUACGAUAAUGCUACCCGUAAUGCUUCCGUUAGUGCUUUGUAUACUGCAUUGGCCAUCGAACGUUCAGAAUCGGGCCAAAUCAUUUUAGGAGUAGCGCGUGAUAUCGAAAUUGAAGUAUACAAGUCAGAAUACAUGGCUAUCAAUGAUAGUUAUAGAAAUAAGUUGAGAACAUUUACCAUGAAUCUCCGUAACAAGAAGAACCCAGAGUUGAGAGAAAGAGUGGUAACUAGAAAGAUUACUCCAGCAGCUUUUGUCAAGAUGACUCCAAAUGAAAUGGCUCCAGAAUCACUCAAGAAGGAAAUUGAGAAAUUGCACAAGCAAAACUUGUUUGAUGCACAAGGUGCCACUGAAAAGAGAGCUGUGACAGAUAGGUUUACCUGUGGUAAAUGUAAGCACAAGAAGGUUAGUUACUACCAAAUGCAGACCAGAUCUGCGGAUGAACCGUUAACUACUUUCUGUACUUGUGAAAACUGUGGUAAUAGAUGGAAGUUUUCUUAA